AAGUGGAAGAGAUACAAUUGAGAUGUAAAUAUUGAAAAUAGCUUUCAGAUCCAUCAAUCAGGUUAACUGUUCCAUUGCUUUGAUUCACACAAGUGCAAGAAAUACUUGUUGAGAUGUAAAUAUUGAUAAUAUAUUUCUUGAAUCUAUAAAAUCAAGUAACUGCUGCAUUGAAAUGAUUCAUACAAAUAGAAGGGAUACAAAUUGAGAAGUAAAUAUUAAAAAUAGCUCUCAAAUUCAUCAAAUCAGGUAAACUGUUCCAUUGCUUUGAUUCACACAAGUGCAAGAAAUACUUGUUGAGAUGUAAAUAUUGAUAAUAUAUUUCUUGAAUCUAUCAAAUCAAGCAAUUGCUGAAUUGAGUUGAUACACACCAGUGAUGAAAUGGAAGUUGAGAAGUAGAUAUUGAAAAUAUUGCUGAAUAGUAGGAGAAAUGUCGUUGAAGGCGAAAUAUAGAGUGAAAUAUCGCCGCUGAUAUCGCCAAAUACAGGGAAAUUAUCGCCUUGACCGGCGAGCGAUGUUUAAAUUCGCUCCGCAGCUUGAAGCGCGCGACAAACUACUAGUCGACGAGAAACGGUGCGCCGAAGCGGAGGAGGCCAAAAUCAAACAGAAAAAGAAGAAAGAGGAGGAAGAUGCUGAGGAGGCGAAACGUAAGAAGAGCGAGGAGGAGGGAGGAUCAGGAGGUGGAGAUGAUUCGUCAAGUCCUAGGUCGCGGAGAGGUCGACAAAAUCUGUUGGAUCCGAUCAGGAGGUGGAAUUCGUUUCACAACAGUCGCGACAAGAAAUCGCAGAAAUCGCCGUGUGCAGCGGGGCUGCCCUACACACAGUUGAGGGACACCUCGCAGCCUCCUCCACCACCCCCUGGUCUGACGGAAAAAUCCGCGCAGAUUCUGGGGACAUGCAUAGCCAACGAACUGAUCGCUUUGUCGUUGACGGGUCCGAAAAGCCCCGCCCGCAAACAGGCGUCCAGUCCGAACCUGUUGGAUCCGACUGUCGGACGACGGACACGCCGGACGUCGUCAGACAGUUGUCCGCGGGAUGUUGAUCUGACGAUCAGCAAGGAGUUUUCGUCGAGUGAUCCGGAUGUGGUGGGUCCGGGAGGUGCGGUCCGGGAGGGACACGUCCGGACCUGUUCAUCGUCCGGUGGAGGUCCGUCGGGUGUGCGGCCGUUGGUGUGUCCCUCCCUGCGGUCGACCACUCUAGAGUUGUCCAGCUCGUUGCCUGGCGAAAUGUCUCUCGAUCCGAGUAUGCCGCGCAGGAGGUUUUCUGUGUGUUUCGGAAAGCGUACUGGGGGAAGCGCUCGGAGGCCUAAUGAAUGCUUCGUACUGGAACCUUCCGGAAUGAUAGUGAUCGACUACCCUGAAGUGCAGAGUGGCGGGUGUGGGGGAGGGGGUCGAACCCGGACAGCCAUGGAUCGGGGGGUGAAUCUGGUCUUCGACGAGUCUUUUUCGACUCGGCCGGAGCUGUUUGAGAAGUCGAACCGCAGCUCUCACUCGUCAGACACCAGCUCGGCGUACUCGGGCUCGGACACCAUGACCUCGGUGCACAGCUCGGUGGAGGCCGACGAAGUCGACCUAUCCGGCCUCGUCGAGUCCAUUGUCGAUUCGGACGAGGAGGAUCUCGCCGAGAGCACCGAUAGCCUAAUGGCGCGGGACGCAGUGAAGGAGUGCCUUGAGAAAGACCCCUCUGAUAGGACCGGUGAUGACAUCGAAGUCCUGCUGGAGUUCACACAACACCUCAAGGCGUUCACCAAUAUGACACUGGCUGUCAGGAGGGCGCUGUGUAGUGUCAUGGUGUUCGCAGUGGUGGAGAAGGCUGGCACGAUAGUGAUGAACGACGGAGAGGAGCUGGACUCGUGGAGUGUGCUCAUCAACGGCCAUGUCGAGGUCGAGCACGCCAAUGCGCACAUCGAACAUCUACAUAUUGGCGACAGUUUCGGCAUCUUGCCGACAAUGGAGAAGCUGUACCAUCGGGGGGUGAUGAAGACGCGUUGCGACGAUUGUCAGUUCGUGUGCAUCACACAGACCGACUACUACCGCAUCCAGAACCAGGGCAAGGAGAACAUCAGGCGCCACGAGGAGGGGGGGCAGCUGGUCAUGGUCACCGAACAGCGUGAGGCGCAGGAGGGCAGUCGGCGGGUUGUCAUCAGGGGGACAGCAGAAAAGCUGAUGCUGCAACUAAUAGAAGAGAACUCGACGAUUGACUCGACUUACGUUGAGGACUUUCUGCUAACACACCGCACAUUCAUCGACAACUCAAUCUAUGUCGCCAACCAACUCCUCAAGUGGUUCAGCGACGCAGGCUGCCGCGACCGCGUGACUAGGGUGGUGCUGCUGUGGGUGAACAACCACUUCACGACAUUCGAGACCGACCCGCACAUGAUGGACUUCCUCGAGCGGUUCGAGGCGCUGCUGGAGGAGGAGAAGAUGAACGGACAACAGCAGCUGUUGAACAUUGCGUGCGCGGCCAAGGCGCGGUCGAGGUGCGUCACGCUGGCUCGCCCCUCGCGCGACGAAGUGUUGCAGUUCGAUGUGGUUGGCGGCUAUCCUAGCUAUGGCAUUUUUAUAUCUAGGGUGGAGAAACGAUCGAAAGCAGAAGAGGUUGGUCUGAAACGAGGAGACCAAAUCCUGGAAGUGAACGGUCAGAGCUUCGAACAUGUCAGUCAGGCCAGAGCGCUCGAAAUACUUCGAGGAACAACGCAUCUUAGCAUCACUGUCAAAUCCAAUCUUCUAGCGUUCAAAGAAAUGCUGCAAACGCCAGACACCUCGCCACGCGCGCGCACACGCAAGACAGUCGAGAUCGCUCGCAUCCAAUCGGACCCCAAGGCUAGGCUACCCCCGCCCCUGCCGCCCUCUGUGCAGCACCCCCUCGUGCCUCCUUCGCCCAGCAAAGGGGGGCCAGCCCCUGGCCCCCAGCAGCCCCCCGCCACCCCCCACAAGCCGAGCAGCGGCUUCAUGACUAUCGCGCCCAAGAAGCGGCUCCAGAAAACGCUGCAGAAGUUGAACAUUCUGCCCAAGAAUACUAUCACGGAUGGCACAAGCACUAGCAGUGGAGGCAGCCAGGAGGAGGUGAUGGUGAUCUCGGGCCCCCAGCACGGGGGUGUGGGUGGCACCCCUCUCUACAACAUGUCCCACAGCAACCCCGACCUCACCAUGAUCUGCUACGACGAUGUGAGAGCAUCCGAGUAUCCCGAACAUGUUCUCAAGGUGUACAAAGCCGACCAGACGUGUAAAUACCUGUUGGUGCACAAGGAGACGACGGCGCACGAAGUGGUGAUGUUGGCCCUGCAGGAGUUCAGCAUCACCGACCCCAGCUCGCACUUCUCACUGUGCGAGGUGUCCGUCGCCGAGGGAGGCAUCAUCAAGCAGAAGCGGCUGCCUGACCAACUGCAGAACCUCGCCGAACGUAUCGGACUCUCCAGCCGGUACUACCUGAAGAUGAACGGAUCGACGGAGACGCUGGUUGGUGACGAGUUGGCGAGUGAGCUGGUGCGCGAAAGCCAGGUGCACUUCCUGCAGCUGAAUGCAGUGGAGGUGGCCGUUCAGCUCACCCUGCAGGAUUUCUCCAUUUUCCGACAGACGACAGUUGAGACCACUCUAAUUUUUUGUGAUUUAGGCCAAUGCAAGGACUGCAAGAAUUUCAACUCGAUGUUCGCGAUCAUCUCCGGCCUGGGCCACAACGCAGUGUCGCGACUGAGGCUGACAUGGGACAAACUGCCCACCAAGUAUCAGCGACUGUUCAGCGACCUGCAGGACCUCAUGGACCCCUCACGCAACAUGAGCAAGUACAGGCAGCUCAUAUCCAGCGAGCAAUCGCAGCCGCCCAUCAUCCCGUUCUACCCAGUGGUGAAGAAAGACCUGACGUUCAUCCAUUUGGGCAACGACUGCCGAGUGGAGGGCCUAGUCAACUUCGAGAAACUGCGCAUGAUCGCCAAAGAGGUGCGCGCGCUGACAAACAUGUGCUCGUCGCCCUACGACCUGCUAACGAUGCUGGUGAUCAACGGCCAGCAGCCGUCCAACGCACUGGUCACCAUGAAUCAGCUGACAACUGGCAACACUGGAGGCACGUGCAAUGCGGCAACAGUGAAGCGAAGGAAAAAGUCUUCAGCCACGCCUAACACUAAGAAGAUGUUUGAGGAGGCGCAAAUGGUACGUCGAGUGAAAGCCUACCUGAACAAGAUGCGAGUGACGACUGACGAAGACGCUCUACACGCGCUGUCGAUGCAGUGCGAGGGAGGCGGUGGGGGCCGUGGUGGGGGCAGUGGAGGCGGCAGUGAGGGGGGCGGAUCGGCCCCCAACUCGAAUCCACUGCGCAAGCGCAAUCCGUCGCCAACACUUUCCACCACCAGUUCGGCGAGCAGUGCUUCCGAGGGUCGCAAACCGGCUGCGCCCAAAUUUGGUUCAGCAUCGCCACAGGCCGUUCGCAAACUACUGUCGCUGAGCGAAACGAGUAAGACGCGCCCCCACCAACCCAGGCACCCACCCCCGCCACCCAACCCACUGGCCAGUCCCUCCCCUUCACCCUCGUCCCACCGUCGCGUGGGAGGAGGUGGCUCAGUUGGCACAUUCCAUGAGCGCUCCCACUCUGACACCCCACUGGGCGGCUACAUGUCGUGUGCCGCCCCUGGCGACGGAGGGGUACACCUCCACCAUCCCCACCCCCAUCAUCCCUCCUCCCACCCGUUUGCCGCUCCUCUGUUGCCGCCCCACCUGCCCCCCGCACCGCCCCUCCCGUUGUCGGCCGAAAGCAGUAGUGUGACGUCACUCAGCAAUCUGCCCACGUUGCGAAAAACUAUGACUUCAGGAUCGGUGACAUCCAGCGAUUCAGGCCACUCGACUCAGCUGGACUCACACUCCAACAGCUCGGUCGACACGGCCGCAAUGGGUCCCCCCUCCAGUUCCCCCCUCCUGCAGCACCGGAGACAUUCUGUCAUGCAGCCGCCAGGCUAUGUGUCCACUCGCCCCCCAUUCCCCCAUGCUGUUGCCGUAUUACCUCCACUCCCCUCUCCGGGCUGCCAGCUGGGAAUGGGUCCUCCCCCCCUGAGGGGCACGCACCCCCGCCACCCGCCCCCCGCCUACAAUGUGGCCGCUCAGAUGGCCGCGCGACUGCAUCGGCUGGGUCGCGCGCAUUCGCAUGAGGGCGUCACUUCAUACUACCACGACGAAGAUGAUGAUGAAGACGCUCAGGUAUCAGCCGUAUAAAACAUCUUUGAGUUGAACAAAACUCAUUACUUGUUUUUCUGAAAAGAAGCUGAAAACGAAAACAGGAUCAUUCAAGCUGCGAACAUUUGAGUUUCAUCCGUAGUUCCUUUAAAUUUAUUUUUGAACUUCACAAAAACUAACGUUUAACAUUCUGACAGACUGAAAGUAGGGUUUGUAAAACUAUGAAGUAGAUUCAGUUUGGACAACUGAAGUAGCCUACGGUACUAAGCCCUAAGCCUGCGAUUGACUUGGUGAUUGUGAUAAUGGUGGUAUUGAUUGAUUCAACAAUCAAUUGAAUGAUUAAGAAUAGUAUUGAUAAUUUAUUGUGUGCCAAUAAUAUUUUGUAAGCAAUAAUAGUGUUUGAUUCCCCAAUCCGUGUAAAAUUAACUUCAGAAGCCUGAAAAUUGUGUAAAUUGUACUACUCUCCUGUAACGUUAUUCUAGAUUUUGUAUUUUUUUCGUCAAGGAAGGAAUUGAUUUGAUAUCAUAGUAAAAUUUUAUUGAUAGAUUAUAGAAAAUGACAAUUUCUAGUCCUUUCUACUGUAAAAAUGUUGAUUUAAAUUGUAUAAUGCAACAAGUUUAGUAUUUCCAGUUGUAUUGUGUAUUAGGUACCUUUUUAUUUCCAGUAGCCUAUUUUGUUUUUCUUCAUGGAAAAAAUUAUUGUAGCACAGAUAACUACUGUGUCUUGAAUAUAGCAAUAGAUUUACUUCCAAAAUUGGACCAAUAGCCUUUUAACACCAACGUCGUUGUUUAAAUUUUGUGGGAGAAUAAUAGAAUUAUUGUAACUAGAGCACACGAAAAACUUGGCAUUUGGAUACUUUGUGUAUAUAGUUUCCUCUUGAUUAGAUUAGAGUAUUGUGAAACAAGUAUAAUUACCUUCCACAAAAUACUGAGAAUUUGUCGAAUUAUCAAUUCUAUAUUAUUAUACACAUAAAUGUUGUAAUUAUUGAUAAUAUUUACAGAAAUAAGUAAUCUAUAAAUUGAGUGUCAUAUGAUACGGGUUUCUUGCACUAGAUAAAUUUCUGUUGAAAAAACGGCGUAAUAAGAUUUUCUACUCAGAUAGGAGAGAUUUAGUUAUUUUUCUGUAGUUCUAUUUCUGGUUUCACCAUAAUAUGAAAGAGCUUCCAAUUUCUGUUAGGUUCAUAUUCAUGUAAACGUGCCUUUCGAGCUUUACAUGUAAAUACAAUAUUGUGUUCAUCAUGUUCGUUUUAAACUAGUGGAUGUUUUAUUAAAAAGUAUGAUUUCUGGCCUAGGGAUUGAUCGUCUCACAUUAGCCACGAAUUAGUUAAUUUAUUAGAAAAAUUGAAAUAAUGUUAAAUGGUACAAUAUAAAUUUCAUGAUCUAUUACAAAUUUUUAUAUGUCACUUGUACUUUUCAAAAUAUAUUUAUGAUCUCUAUGGGCUUAAUAAUUGUUUUGCAUUGCAGUCAACAAUUUUCUGUCGCUAUGAUUUGAAAAAUAAGCGAAAUGUGUUGAAAUUGUUGAAAUAGCGCAAUUAUUUCCAAGUGCUGGAAAAUAUUCCACUGAAGUAAUCAUCCGAUAAGUGUAAAAAUUGUAUUGUUACUUGAAAAAUUGAACUGUUUUAUUUCAAAUGAUUCGGGAACUUUUCAAUAUCCUGUCGAAUUAUUUCAACAAUCUAGACUUAUAAUUAGUUGGUGAAAAAUAGUAGUAUUUCUCUUCUUUCCCCAUCUCCAUUAUCUGUUAUCAUUAAUUAUUAGGCUCAUUAUCAUGUUUAAUGAAUCUGCAUUCUCAUUUGCGCUACUCCAUCAAGAAAAGUACUAUUGAACAUUUUGAGAAUAUUUAUAGUUCAACAAUUGCAUUUUCAGCCAUACAUUACAUUUGUUUUGUCCCUUUUAUAAUCGUCUUCUGAGUUUUCUGGAAUUUUUAAAGCAAAAAUACGUUUUUCCAACUAGAUCUAACUAAUUAUUAUUAAAUGUUUGAUCAGAUUCUAUCAGUAUUACAACGAAUAAUAGUUGAUGAUAGUUAUGAUAAAAAAUAUAUCAUUCAACAUGUAGGUUACUAUUUUGGUGGUAUUCAAAUAGCUUGGCAGUAGUUCCUCAGCUAUAGUAGCAUGCUCGCCUAUUCUCCACAUACUGCCGAGUUAUAUGAAUCCGUGCCCUUGUUUUUCUACUAAGAUUAAAUCAAUUAUUGAAAGAACUUGAUUAGCUUGGAACGCUUAGUCUAUGAGACAUAAUUCAAAAUUAAUAUCGCAUUAAAAAUUCAAAUAAGAAAUGUAUGACUGAUAGUUAAUUUCAUUUACAGUUUCCUGAAAUAGAUGAUUGUAGAUGAUCUAAGGGUAUCCAUUACCGUACAACAUAUAUCGAGUAUAGUUUAAUUUUUUCUAUCUUUGAAAUACAAUCGAUUACUAUUGAAAUUCUCGUUUCAAAUCUUUUUUAACCGUUUGUGAUUCUCACAUAUUUCUUGUUUAUUUUGAUAUACUUGGAAAAUACCUAGCUAUUUCCACUGUAGUAUUCUAAGUCGACUCUCUUGAAUAACUUGCAAAGCUAGUAUAACUGUAUAGUCGUCAUAUCCAUCAAAAUGAAACCAAAGAGAAAAAUCAAGAUAUCUAUAUUUUUAUCGUAGAAAUCCUUAGAAAACUACUAGCUGAAUUCCCCUAUCUGAACUGAUCUUAUCUGAUUUCAACUGUAUAGAUAGAUCUAUUGAAUUCAUGUAAAAUUGUGUAUUUUUGUAUAAGGAUUAGCUUGUCAAGGAAAUUGGGUAAACUUAUUUUUCGAAAGAGUAGAAUAACUUAUGGAUUGCACUUCCCAUUAAUGUUUUAUUCUAAAAUAAUCUAAAUAUUAACUAGUAUCUGGUCUUCGGGACCCUCAUUCUUACUAUUUUUUUAAUACCUGUAGUCAAUUUUUCAACAGGUUUUUUAUUCUCAUCCUUUUUUCUGUCGAAAUUUCUUUAAAUAGUAACAUUUUCCUUGAUAGAAUCCUUUUAACAGACCACUUUGCAGGACCUUGAGCAAUAUUUAUUGAAAGUCUUGUAAUUUUCAGCGAUUUUGAAACAAUUAACUCUGAUAUAUCCUGUCUUCCCAUAUGUUUUGAACAUUCUAUUCUUUUUCCAACCCAAUCUCUCUAGGAUUAGACUCAUCGUAGGUGUAAAAAGAGUUUAGAUUUUGUAUUAAGAAGUACACGUCUACUAAACGUGCUGUUGCAAUAUUCACUUUGAACUGUCAGUAUUGAUUAAAUAGGGAACCAUGCAAUGGUCCAUCAGGAAUGCUGACAGUUUGAAUUUAAUCUCAUUUUAGUAGGUUUUAGAAAACUUGGUGGCAGUAAAGAUGUAGCUAUAAUAGCACGCCAAUCAAUCCUCUCAACGCUGCCAAGUUUUAUGUGAAACUGACUAAAUUAUAAUUCAUUCCUGGCCCCUAAUUUUUAGGCUGUUCUCUUGGUUUACUUUUCCUCUCUUUUUAUUCUACACGAAUUGCACAUUCCUUCGAGUAAAUAAAAUACAUAUAGCUGACGGAAAUCUAGUUGUCUUGUUUUCAAACAACUCGACAGUAAUCUGAGAUGGUCUUUCACUAUAUAGAUAACAAUGCUUUACAUUCAUCCUAUGCUGACUGUUAAAAUUGAAUCUCACUAAUCGAAUAAUACUCUAUAUAAAAGUUUUAUAGUCCUUGAAGCUUUUGACUUAACUUACUUUCCAAAUCACAUGGAAUGAGAAACCUUCCUGCGAUUGUAAUGACCCCAUUCCUUAACUUUUAUUGACUGUUCGUUUUUCAAUUUAAAUUUGAUGGAGGAAUAGCCUAAUAUUAUAAUUGAUUACCUUAUUCUGUGCAUAUCAAUUGGACUUAUAUCACUGUGGUAAAUGCCUGAGAGAGUAAUGUGUGUGUGUGUGUGUUUCUGUGUUGGAGAGUAUUAUCAGAAAUGAGCAAAGUCUUUCAAAGUUCACUGUAAGUCUUUUUCAACCAAGUACAUGUUAACCUAUUAUUCUACUCCAGAGCAUGUUUUUAUAGUUUUAAUUAGCCUAUUCUCAACAGUGUAUGUAGUUGACUGUAUAUUUGUUUUUAUAAUAUGAUUUGCAAUAAAAAUGUGUACAAAAUAGUUAUUAGUUGAUGUAAAGUAAACCUUGUAAAUGAUUAGAGAAAAGGAAGACAAUUCUAUUGUAUGAUGUAUAUUUUAUUGUCUUUGUAAUACAAUUUCAUUUUAUUUCAACAUUUAUCGUCAAUGUAAGAGUAUUUCGUAUCAGUUCAACUGAUGAAAUUGACCUGAAUUGAUUUUUUAAUGAAUUAUUGAUCUGUGCAUGUACAUAAUAUUUAGUCUAGAAAUUUUAUUUUAAUUAUUUGAUUGAAUCAAAAAUGUAUGAUACUUUUGAGUUAGUGCAGCCAAUCUUUUUUAUAAGUUACCUGAUAAAUUUCGGGUGUAUUUAAUAUUGGUAUUACUGCUGGCUUCAUUGUUAGUAAUAACUACUUUUAUAUAAUGAUAUUUAUGAUAUUUCGUUGCUCAAACUUUAUAUAAGAAUCGACCAUAUUAUUGCGUGAAAUAUGCUCUCUCAAUGUAGGUACGGUAUUUAACUGACAAAUAAUUUCUGAAAUGUUUUUGUAUCAAACUGAUGAAUUUUUUAUUAGAAUUCCUCUGCUGAAUUAAAUAACAUUUUAAAUUGAUUAUCUCAAAAUAAUAUUAAUUUGUAAACUAUAUGAAUUUUAACUACCCAAUGUUAUCUGCCCAAAUUAAAGUUUAAAUUUUGAAUUAACGGUCCUAUAAUUAUAAACGUAAACCUGGAUUUUAUUUUCGCCGUUUGAAAAUAAUAUGGAACAAAAAUUGAGAAAAAUAAUAUAAGUAUAUAAAGAUUGCUAGUGACAAAAGAUUCAUUUUUUGAAAUAUCUAUUGUUCGAUCAUGUUUGCACCUUGCUUAUUAGAGCCAAUAUAUUUGUAACAAGUCAUUGCAUGAAUAAAUAUGUGUAAUUAUGAGCAAAUAGUACAGAAUCAAUACGA